UUUCGACUGGACGGACGUGCUCAGCUCCGCGGCAACUCUCAGUUGUGUCAGUUCGCAGUGAAGUUCGCAGUUCGCAGUUAGCAGUUGGCAGUUCGAAUCGCAUCCGAGAUACUCGCAUACUCGCGUGUGCCAACCCGCAGAUACUUUCGCAUCCAUUCAGUUUCAGCAUCAGCUUCAGAUACAGAUACAGCUACAGCUGUAGAUUGCGUUUCUGCAUCCGAUUCAGAGGCGGAUUGUGAGCCAGUCGCUUGCCGCAACUCCGAGAUGCCGGUUCGCGUUUCGCGUUUCGCGCUGCCGCCGCCGUUCCGACAAUGAUUCGUUGGUAAACAAUAACACUAACGCCAAGUGCUAGGUCCAGCGAAAGUAUCUCGCAGAUACAACUACUGCAAUACCAUAAUACUAAAUCAACCCAGAAGAUACACUCCAGCCUCUACGAGCAGCAGCGAUCUGCCAAAAUGAUGGCGCUCGACGGCAAGGCGAUAAUUAAGGAGGAGAUUACCGACAAGGACGCCUACGACGCAGCUGCGGCGGCGGCAGCGGCGGUGGCAGCGGGUGCCGCUCUGGCGGUGGCCUCCGCCGCGUCCGUCCAGGUGCCACCCGCGUCAUCGUCCUCGGCGGGAUCAGCGUCAUCGGCAGCCGCCGCGGCCACCAACAACACAACAUCGGCGGCAGCCACAGCGGCGGCAAUUAGUCGUCGGCUUAAAGCCAGCAGCUGCAGCAGCGGCGGGGACAAGAGCUCCUCCUCAUCCUCGAGCAGCAAGGACAGCAGCAGCCACACCUCCAGCAGCAGGAGCGAGCGGGACAGGGAGAGGGAGCGGGAGCGGGAGCGCGAGCGGGACCGCCUCUGCCGCACUCCGCCGGACUCGCCGCCGGACAGCUCGCGCAGCCUGGCCCCCCGAUCGCCCCACUCCCCUCUACAGUUGCACCUGCGACCGCAGCGCAACGCCAGCGUUUCCCCGGUGGUCAAUGGCUGCUCCGCGGGCGGCGGAGGCGUGGGAUCCUCCGGCACCUCGCCCACGCCCACACCGGGCAGUCAGCACGCCGCCUCCUUGGCCGCUGCCGCCGCCGCCGCAGCAGCCGCCCAUGUGGAGCAGGCGCGUCUGGUGGCCAAGAUGCGCAAGUUCCUGGGCGCCCUCGUUCAGUUCUCCCAAGAGCUGGGACAGCCGGAGGUCAGCGAGCGGGUGCGCGCCCUGGUGCUGUCCCUCUGCAGCGGCAGCAUCUCCGUGGAGGAGUUCCGUCUGGCCCUGCAGGAGGCCAUCAACCUGCCACUGCGGCCGUACGUGGUGCCGCUGCUCAAGAACAGCAUCGCCCUGGUGCAGCGGGAGAUCCUGGCCCUGGCCAGGGCCACCAACCAAUCCGCCCUGCAGUACGUGACCAACAACGAGCAGGCGGUAAUGGAGUUCGCGCCCCACGGAGUGGCCAGCGCCGAGUUCGGGGACAUAUUCAUCCAGCUGGAGGCGCCCACAUCCAACGGCAGCAGUGCGGUCUUCAAGCGCCGCUCCUCCGACUCCAUGAUGGAGCACGGCGGCCACAACGGCCUGCAGGAGUGGAGCGAGUACAUGGCCAGCGGUGGCGCCGGCUAUCCUCCGCCGCCCAGCAAGCGCCUCACCCUGCAUCCCGCCCACUCGGUGGUGGCCUACGGGGACUACGGCGUCUCCUCCGCGGAAGGACUCCCCUCGGCGGCGGCCUUCAUGCAGCGCGACGAACGGGAUCUGCGGAUGAGCGAGGCGCAGGCCAGGCACGCCGCCCCGCCCCCGAGGGCGUCAAACCCACAGCCCCAGCCCCAGCCCAAUCCCAAUGCAGCUGCCGCCGGUGCUCCGGGAGCGGGUGGCGAGGAGGAGUGGAAGAACAUCCACACCAUGCUCAACUGCAUCUCCGCCAUGGUGGACAAGACGAAGCGCGCCAUCACGAUCCUCCAGCAGCGGGGCAUCGAGCCGCAGCAUCCCAACAGCGGCCAGGAGGUCACCCCGGCUGCCAUGGCGGAGCUGCGCCGCCAGACGGAGGAGAAGGUCGCCGAGUUCAAGCGGAAUGCCGAGGAUGCAGUGACACAGGUGAAGCGGCAAGCUGUCAUUGAAAUCCAGCGGGCAGUGGUGGCUGCCGAGACGCGGGCUGCGGAGAUCAUGACCCAGGAACGCCUGCGCAUGGAGAAGUUCUUCAUGGAGAUGAGCCGCCAUUCCAGCGGAGAGCGGGAUCUGGACAACAAGUCGCCCUCGAUGGCCAGUGCACAGAAUGGCAGCAAUCUGCAGCAGCAGUGCUGGAACUGCGGCCGCAAGGCCACGGAGACCUGUUCGGGUUGCAACAUGGCCCGGUAUUGCAGCGCCUCGUGCCAAUACAGGGAUUGGGAUAGUCACCAUCAGGUGUGUGGCAACUCCCGGGCCAGUGAGCUGAGCGCCAAGCACCUGCACUCGGCCAGCAACCUGAGUCUGCGCAACGCAAUGGCCACCCGCUCACCACCCACUCCCAACUCGGCGGCCCACCUGCAGGCGGCGGCCGCUGCUGCGGCUGCUGCAGCAGGAGCCCGUGAAGCGGGCAGUGCUCCAGUUGGAGGACCUGGGGCAGGAGUAGCCGGCGGUGCGGCAGCGGGAGGCGGCGGCCAGUCCGGCGGCGGAGGAGGAGGCGGUGGAGGAGGAGGAGGAGGUGGCGGUGGCGGUGGAUCUGCGGCUGCUGCUGUGGCCGCCGCCACUCCAGGUGCGCUGGUGGCCAACGGGUUGGGCUCCAAAUGACGCAUUCGCAUGAUGAAACCCAAGAAGAAGUACUUGUGCUAGUCAAAUUAAAGGGGGUGAACCACGAAACCAUAUACACACACUUAAAAGUAUGCAGCUAAUAUAGAGUUAUCCAAAAACCAAAAACGAGGGAAGAUGAUGAGGUAGAUGAUGCUUAACAUCCAGAAUUCAGAAUCGCAUAAUUAGAUACAGAUUACAGAUUGAUGUGCAUUUUCACUAAAGUUUAUACAUUACAACGUUUCAAGAAGGUCAUCGUAAUGAGCGGGUCGAAUUAAAUGGGUUGAAAAUCCAAAGGAAGAAAACCAAUAUUAAUUACUCACAAAUCUCACAAAACAUUUUACGGAAUUUAUCCAGCAAUUCUCAGCCUGUGACUUAAUGUAUGAAAUCGCAUUUUUACCAUCAGCACUUCGCGCAAGAAUCACAUAAAUAUUAAUAACAAUAUGUGCACACCAAUAAGGAAUUACAUAAGCAAGCAAAAACAUUUAAAUCAAAUCAAGAAGCAGUGAAAAUCUGUAAGUAAUUCUGUAUUCUGUGUAAGCAGCCCAAAGCGAGUAAAGAGAAAAACAAAAAACUGAACAUAGUAGAUUUUAUUAAUAAAAUACAAUACAGUAUAUUACUACGGAUAUGAUUACGAUUAUGGCUAAUUUAUUGAGCGAGUUUAAUUUAUUGAUUAGUAUUUAUUGUACUCCCUAAACUAAACCUAAAACCUAAAUGUACUUUUAUCAUAAACAAAUACCAAGUAAAUGUUAAACCUACAAAAACGCGGGCCGCAAGGCUCCGGCAAACGAAAACCAAGAAACCCAAGAAAUAAAGUGUUUUAAACCAAACCGAA